CAGCUCUACCGGAAGGAAGUGGGCGUUAGCGUUAGCUGGUCGACGCUAGCAAGCUACAACUACGAAGUCUGCUGUGGGUUCUAUGGAAGAGAUGUCAGGAGAGAGUGUGGUGAGCUCGGCAGUGCCGGCAGCUACAACACGGACUACAUCCUUCAAAGGAUCCAGCCCCAGCUCCAAGUAUGUGAAAUUAAAUGUGGGUGGAGCACUGUACUACACUACAAUGCAGACACUAACCAAGCAGGACACAAUGCUCAAAGCCAUGUUCAGUGGCAGGAUGGAGGUACUCACAGAUAGUGAAGGUUGGAUCCUGAUUGAUCGCUGUGGGAAACACUUUGGAACGAUUCUUAACUACCUUAGAGAUGGGGCAGUCCCACUCCCAGACAGUCGGCGGGAAACCGAGGAGCUGCUUGCUGAGGCCAAGUAUUACCUUGUCCAAGGCCUAGCUGACGAAUGCACAGCUGCCUUACAGAACAAAGAAACGUAUGAACCUCUUUGUAAAGUGCCUCUGAUGACUUCAUCUAAGGAAGAGCAGAGACUUAUUGCAACUUCAAAUAAGCCUACUGUGAAACUGUUGUAUAACAGAAGCAAUAACAAAUAUUCAUAUACCAGCAACUCUGAUGACAACAUGCUAAAAAACAUUGAGUUGUUUGACAAGCUGUCAUUGCGAUUCAACGGUCGGGUACUCUUUAUCAAAGAUGUGAUUGGGGAUGAGAUCUGUUGUUGGUCAUUUUAUGGACAGGGUCGCAAGAUUGCAGAAGUGUGUUGUACUUCCAUUGUCUAUGCCACAGAAAAGAAGCAGACAAAGGUUGAGUUUCCAGAGGCAAGAAUCUAUGAAGAGACUCUCAACAUCCUCUUGUACGAGUCCCAUGAUGGCAGAGGUCCAGACAAUGCCCUGCUGGAGGCCACAGGGGGUGCUGCAGGACGAUCUAAUCAUCUGGAUGAGGAUGAAGAGCGAGAACGAAUUGAACGAGUUCGUAGAAUUCAUAUCAAACGACCUGAUGACCGCACACACCACCAUCAGUGACCUUUCUCAUCUGACCCAUCAGACUGUGUCUCUGACCCUGGACUGUCUUAGCGCCACGCUUGUGCCUUACAACACCCAGUGAAUCUCUCAAUCACUUCCUCUCUUCUUUUACCAGCUUCUUUAGUAGACCACUGCAAGUGUUAUACAACAGUGUGUACUAGUAAAGUAAUUAUAUUUCUGUCCAUGUUUCUUAUUUGUUAUAUUGUCAGAUAGUGUUGUGUUGUUGUAUUUUUUGUUUUUUACACCCUGACUUCUAUUACUAUUUUCUGCUUCCCUGCUGAAGGUUGUAGACAUGAAUGUUUGUAUUCAGUACUACAGGCAACCACAGUUUCAAUAGUGUGUGUGGAGAAAAACAAGAGCGAAAUCAGUAUGUUUUUGGAGGUUGUAACGAUGUGACAUAGCAGAGAACAAAAAUUUAACUAUUUUAUUAGUUAAAAAGUAAAGUAGUUAGUCCAGCUUCUAUUUACUGUACCUCGGUUCUGAUGGGUCUUCAAAAUCACUUGUGGAUGAAACUCUUGUUGUUCAUGAUGGUGCCACGUGGGGGCACUGUUUUCCUCUUCAGUUUUACCAUAGCUAUUUCCUAGUCUGCUGAUUAUAUGAAUUAAGCGUUUCCGAAAUAACAUUUUUAUAUAGUUAAGAUAUCACUUAUGGAUGCAACAUUUCACUGCAGUGCUUCUGCUAUAUAUUAGUUUUAACAUUGUAUUUUCCAUCACUCCACUAAACAAAAUUAUUAUUUCCAGUGGAGAAAACUUGUACUAUGACCUGAAGUGUUAAAUGCACUGGGCUGAUAGAAUGAUGAGCGCUUUAGUUGAAUUAAAUGACUGUAACUGGAGAUCUCUCUGAAAGGAAAAUAAUCUUGUCUACAAGCUUUUAACAGGGAGGAUAAUUAGAGCUGUCCAUCACUGUAUUCAUCAGAGAAUGUACUGUUUGCACACUAUAGGUUUGAGUUGAAAAAUGUCUAACAGUUGCAGUACAUGUAGAUCUGUUGUGCAGAAGUGAACAUAAAUGUAUGUUUUUAUAUUUAUACAUACUUUAUCCCAAAUAAAUUUCUACAAACAUUCCUGAUUUU